CAUUACAUUCCGCCAUUUUGCUUUGUCGCGGGGUGAACGUAAAAAUUAUUCCUAUGUAUUUUAUUGUGGAUUUUAGUUAUUUAGUUCAGGAUUAGUGUUUUUAGUACACUAAUGGCUUGCUUAAAUACACUUAAGUUGGAAAUCAAGACGUUAGAACAAGUGUUUCCAAAAAACCAUGAACGCUUUCAGAUAAUGUCAGCUAGUGUCGACGAACUGACCUGCAGAUUCGUUGGCAAAAGUGGAAAGAAAUAUGAAAUACACGCAAAUAUUACCGAGACAUACCCAAACACACCUCCGGUGUGGUUCGCGGACAGCGAGGAUCCCAUCGUGACAAAUGCGGUCCAGAUUCUCACAAAUACACAAGGAAGAGACAAUCAUGUUAUAAAUCAGGUGGGCAUAUUGCUCAGGGAGCUAUGCAAGUUACACGGCGUGCCGGAGCCGCCUGACUUGGACUCGCUUUCUAUACCGAUGCAUCCUGCUCCACAGUUUAGACUUCCAAGUGUGACGUCAAACGGCGCCGAAUCGGGCACCGAGGAGGACGAGGAGAUGGCGGCUGAGGAUGACGACUCAGAGGGGGAGGAUGACUUGCCCAUGGAGAUGGUCGAAGAUGCUGGGCGCAGCAACAAGGAUGACAUGGAAACAGAGCAUUUAGCGACGUUAGAGAGACUGCGGCAAAAUCAGCGGCAAGACUACCUAUCGGGUAGCGUCUCCGGCAGCCUGCAGGCCACUGAUCGACUGAUGAAGGAGCUCAGGGACAUAUAUCGUUCUCACUCCUUCAAGAAUAAUAUGUACUCUAUUGAGUUAGUAAACGACUCGCUGUACGAGUGGAACAUCAGACUGCGCUCAGUGGACCCAGACAGUCCGCUGCACAAUGAUCUUCUGCUAUUGAAAGAAAAAGAGGGCAAGGACUCUAUCCUGCUCAACAUUAUGUUCAAGGAGACUUAUCCUUUUGAGCCGCCUUUUGUCCGCGUUGUUUAUCCUAUUAUAUCAGGAGGCUACGUACUAGUAGGCGGAGCAAUCUGCAUGGAACUCCUAACGAAACAGGGCUGGUCGUCCGCGUACACCGUGGAGGCAGUCAUAAUGCAGAUCGCCGCGACCCUCGUCAAGGGCAAGGCGCGUAUCCAGUUCGGGGCCACGAAAGUCGUCUCGCAGUCGCAGUACAGCCUGGCGCGCGCGCAGCAGAGUUUCAAGUGCCUCGUGCAGAUACACGAGAAGAACGGUUGGUUCACGCCUCCAAAGGAGGACGGCUAAUGCCGGCCCUCUGCUAACAUUAAGACUUAACGUGCAUCAGUUAUAACGCCCACAAACGUUAACUCUUAAAUUGACAAGUGACUCUGCGAGUUUGCGUUAAAGAGAGUCUUAAAUUCCUUUAUAACGCGACGGUUUAAGUUAAGAAUGACUGAAGGUGGUAUCUCGAGUAUUGUACGUGUACUUUAAUCGAUAUUGUUAAGUGCUAUUACUGUUCUGAAGUGCGACGGGCGUUAACGAGAGACUUUAUAAGACUUAUAGGAAAAUGUUUAAUGUGUAACGUUUUUGUAAUCAUUCAUUUCUCAUUAAAGUUAUCCAUAUAGUAGCCCUAGACGUUACUGGAGUGUAAAGUUGGAAAAUUCUUUGCAUUUCUUUUUAGUUAUUGAAAUAAAAACCUGUGAUUCUUAUUUUGUUGUUUAUAUUCCAUUAGAAACCUUCGGAAUUAUUUUAUGUAGCAGUGUAAGAAACUU